AUGCAACCAAUCGUCCUUCUUCUAGUAUGGCUGCCGUUGGUGUUCGCUGAAAAUCGAGCCAAGGAAGUGUGUUACUCGAAUAUCGGCUGCUUCAACUAUGGUUACCCUUUCCUGGAUCCGCCGCAGCGCCCGCUGAGCUGGGCGCCGCAGUCCCCCAGCCGCGUCAACCCGCGAUUCCUGCUGCACACUCGCCACAACCCACUGAAGGACCAGGCUCAGGAGCUAUACAUUGACAAUCCCAGCAGCAUCACCAGUUCCCACUUUGACCCAAGCAAGGAGACUAAGCUGAUAUGCCACGGCUUCCUCGAGAGCAACGUGAUUGAGUGGGAUUACUGGAUGACCAACAUGAUGAAAGAAUUCCUCAACUACGCCGACUACAACGUCAUUAAGGUUGUCUGGGGAAGCGGGUCGAUGUUCCCUUACACACAGGCUCUGUCCAACACCAGGAUCGUGGGUGCCGAGACCUCGCGACUCAUUGACAAACUCAGGGCACUGUACGGUAUUUCUGCGGCGUCUUUCCAUUUCAUUGGACACAGUCUCGGGUCUCACAUCGGUGGAUACGUCGGCGAACGACAGUCCGGCCUUGGCCGAAUCACGGGAUUGGAUCCGGCUGGACCAGGCUUCGAGAACACCCAGCCAGAGGUCCGAUUGGAUCCCACCGAUGCUCUCUUCGUGGACACUAUCCACUCAGACGCAAAAAACAUCCUCGAGCUAGGCUUCGGUAUGAUUGCUCCCGUGGGGCACAUGGACUUCUACCCGAACAGCGGCAGCAGUCAACCCGGCUGUGAUCAGUCACUCUUCGAGGACUUCUUUGACGAGGGCCUCAUAGGGGGAGGUGUGAAGUUCGUGGCAUGUAACCACAUGAGGGCUCACGAGUUCUUCACUCAAUCCAUCAACAAUUGUCCGAUUUAUGGUUUCAGUUGUCCAAAUGGUGCGGACUCGUACGACAGUUUUGUCAACGGCGAAUGCUUCAGUGGCGACGUAGCGCCGAUGGGUUUCCAUUCUAUCAAUUACAAACCGUCUUCUGGCGUUACGCUCAGGAAGUACUAUACGGCGACAACGGACACGUCUCCUUUCUGCAUGCAGAACCCCUUCCAGAUUGGCCUGCACUUUGAUGACCCAUGGUAUGCCGAGACAUUCAAAGGCUGGGCCUACGUAACUCUCAUCGGUGGGGGUGGUAAAACCACGAGAACCAAGCUGAAUGAAAACAGCCUUAACUUCAAACCGGGCACAGAUUUGGGUUUCGUCUUCAAUACCAACACGGAUCCGGGUUCUCUAAGCGAACUCCAGUUCUACUGGGAUCACGAUUUUGAGUUGCUCAACCCAGGCGACUGGCCAAUCUUUGACGACAUCGAGGUGUUCAUUUCAAAAAUCACCAUCAAGGGGCUCAGUUUACAGAAGAGUUACACGCUGUGCAACCAGAAACCUAACACGGGCAUCAACAGCAACACGGUGGCCUACUUCAGGGCCUCCUACUGCUGAAGUGGCUUACUGUGGACACAAGAGGGCGGUCUUGAUUUAAUGUUAUUUCGACUACCGAUCCGUUUCCCUGAAAUACAAGUGCACUUGUCACAUAUUCAAAUUAGGAUGCAACACCUUAGUUCUCUAUCUCUGUAUUGCUAAAAUUCUCAAGACAGGUAUAUCAUUAAUAAACGUCUACGAUUUGAAAGUAUUUGAGGGACUGACAUUUGAACAUUAUUCAAAAUGUAGAAGAAAUGGACACAUAAGUCUUGCUUUCCCUCAAGCUUAUUAUCAUCAUUUCAAAAGGACAAGCAUGUUAAUAAGUGCACUUCAAACUAAUUAUUCCAAUUAGAGAAGCAUCAGCUUCAUUUUUGUUUGUUUUUGCCUUCUUAAAAUUCCUGGGACAAGUAUGAUCCAGCCUUUACACUUUGUCUCUCUCGUUAUGUCAAGCACCCUCUUCAAACAGUGGUAGGCCUAUGUAGAUGCGAACACGUUCCAUGCUCACCCGAAAACUAUAAAUACCCGCAUUGGGGCCUAACGGGCUUUUCAGCCUUAAUUGUGGGGUAUUUUACAUCAAGCGUGUGGGGCUUCAGCAAAAGAACACAUUCAAAGUGGGGGAGUAUCGGUUAUCUAUCAUUGAGAGACCGAUCCAUCACUAAGCCCUGCCCCACAAUAGGACCUGCAAAAACAGGGGGAGGGGGCCUGCCUCAGCUGCCCCUACUUCCGCCGCCAUUGAAAAAAAUGAGAGACAAAGUUGAUUCAACGCAGGCCAAGCGUAUCACAAAAUCUUCCCCAAGCAUAACCCCCGUUGAGCGUUCACUGGGGGCACGAAUAAAAUAACAAAUGGUGUGGCAUCUUGCUUACUGGUUACAAAUUCACAUACCACGUCGAUUAGACAAGUUCAACCUAUUGGACUAAAGGGCUGGUUUCCCCAAAGUCUUGUG